ACCCACAAUGCUUAGCGAAGACAGGUCGCCGACAAGGAAGUAAUAUUAAAUUUUGAAUAUACUAGAAGCUAAAUAUAAAGAGACAAUUUGAUGUUUACAAAAACUAAAUUUGAUUGUGAAAAUCUACUACGUUAUGCUCAAUGCAAUAUGUCAAUUAUGACGUUUUAAAAAUGUGAAGAAACUAAAUAAGAAAAUGGUAACAGUAGGAAACGAGCGUUAUCUACGGUCUGUCUUAUACCUAUCAGAUAGUGGAUCUUACAUAACUAAGGAAGUAAUACAACGAGAACUCGAAAGGAAAGAUUGCACUUUAGAUGAGCUACUAAAUGACACAAGACAAGAAAAGAAAGUGAAAAAUGAGUUUAGAAAUAAAAUGCAACAAGACAUUUUAUAUCCUGCCAGUGGCAAAACUGAUAUAAAGAAAUGGGACAUUCAGAUGCUAUCUGGGGUUAUUAUGAUUUUAUUUGGACAAGAUUUACAACCCAAAGAUAGGACAAGCGUAAGAGAAAUUAAGCGGCGGAGAAUUAUGCUAGCACACAGUUCUUCGGCAGAAUUUUGUGAGGAAGAUUACAAUAACUUUGUAGAAGAGCUAAAUGAUGCUAUUACAACAAUUGCAUCUGAUUUUGAGGAUAGCAUACAAGAAAAAUGUAGAGAAACAUUUGAUAAAUACAAAACAUGUCCUUUGGAAGUGACGACUUCAAUUGAAAAGUUAAAAUAUUUAAAUGCGACGGAGCCAUUGAUAAGCAAGAUAUUAGACAGCAUUGAGUCGGCAGAGAAGAAUCUUUCUGAUACUAUAAGGAAAAGCGAAAUAAACAUACGAUCGGAUAUCCAAGGAAUAAACUUAGUUUUAGAACGGCUGGAGAAAAAAAUGGCUGCUGAUCCUUUCAAAAAAAUAAGAAUGAUUGUAAAUACAAGACUGACAUUUAGCGGGAACGAAGAACCAAUUGUCGACCUCGCAGACAAAAUAGUUUUAAAGGUAAUCAAUAGAGCCAUUGCGAAGGUUAAAAAUACAGAGAAUAUGGUGGAAAUUGAGCGUGCGGUUGAUGAUAUCCUAAAACACCUUGACGAAAUGGAAGGAGUAGAAGUUCUGUCUACUAAACCCGAAUGCAUCAUCAUAAGUCUCCAAUGUGACACUUAUAGCAGCGUUUAUGAAUUACUGAAGUACACGACUAGCGAACAGUAUCGAAAGCAACUGAACAGUCUAGCAGAGGCUGUGGAUUUGUACAUAAAAUGUGCAAAACCAUUUACAGCUUACUCUGAAAUAACGACGGAAUGCUUGCAGGACAUUGAAAACAAGAUUGAAACAGAUACAGAUAAGGACAGUGAAUCGAAACAUGACGAAGAGGAAGAAUGCUUGGUCAGCGGGGAUCCUCAUUUUACAGAUACUGUUCAUUCUCAUGCAGACGUGGACAGUGAUAAAGUACAAGAUGACGAAGUGCAACAGAGUGAUACCGCCAUCCGAUCCGAAGGACUUGUACAUUCACCUGGAACUGAUGAUAUUCAAGACUUGGAACAACAAGUUCGCACUGAUAAUGAAUCCGAUACAAUAGAAAAUAUAGAAAAUGAAGAAACACAUGUGUAUAAAACGUCAGAAAAAAUGAUUGUUGCAGCGAUAGAUAUUGGGAGCAAAUUCACCGCUAUGGCGUAUUCGUUUGGAGCUGAUUUCAAAAGAGAUCAUUUAAAUAUACACGUAUAUCACGACUGGACAAAUAGCACAGGGAUUCAAACUGAUAAAGUAUCGACUGUGGCUCUUUUUGAUGAUAAUGGUAAAUUUCAUUCAUUCGGAUACGAGGCUGAAAUUAAGUAUGCUGAGUUACUAGAACAGGCAGAAGAAGGUGGUACAACUUGUCUAUGGCGAAUUUUCAGAGACUUGUCAUUAACUGAGAAACAAAACAGUGAGUAUGCAGUCAAAGAUGAUCAAACCAAACCGAUGGCUGCUAUGGAUGUUUACGUUGCGGUUGUGAUGUGCCUGAAGAGUCAAAUGUUUAGAUAUCUGAAAACUAAGCUAACUGAAUUGAAACCACACGACAUUCACUGGAUUUUGACAGUUCCAUCGCAUGAAAGUGAAACAAUGUUUCUCAAGGAGGUGGCCAAUAGGGCAAAAGAUGAAAAAGAGCUAAUUUCAUUUGUACUAAAACCUGAGGCAGCAACACUUUAUUGCAAGGAACUGAAAGCAACAAAAGACACACAGCGUCGGUUUGUAACGACUAUGCAAUGGAUCAAGCUUGGAGAAAGAUUCAUUGUUGUAGAUGCUGGCUAUAAUACAUUCAGUGUGACGUUUUUAAAGCUAGAAAUGGAUGGCAGUAUAGCGGAAAUUGAGACAAAAUCUCAGUUUUACUGGUCAGGAGCGGGGCAGUUAGUGAAUGAAAAGCUGGAGUUAAUGUUAGAAGAAAUAUUUGGUCGUGAUGUAUUAUCGAAAUUCAGAGAAGGCUAUAAGCUCGAUGCCCUUGAACUAAAAGACACGAUGGAAAUGAUGAAGACACUUCGAAAGGAUCUUGAGAAUGAAAAGGAAGAUUAUAUAACUCCGCUGAAGAUUCCGUCCAGCCUUUUACACACAUUCAAAGAGAUAAAUGGAUUCAAAUUUUCUGACAGACGGGAAAGUCUUGCACAAACAGUGCAUGUACCAUCUAAAGGAAGUAGAAUCUAUUUCAGCAAUGAAACUGUAAUAGAUUUGUUCAACGGGUCAAAGAAAAAAUUGGUUGAUCGUUUGAGGGACCUUUUGAAGGAAUCCGAACUUAGAGAUGUAAUGACAAUCGUUUUUAUUGGAGGAUUAGCCGAUCCCGACAUAAUAAGAAACGAAUUACGGCACUCAUUUCAUAGGAUGAAUUUGAUCUUUCCAGAUAAAGCAAGCACAGCAGCAGUAAAAGGUGCAGUUAUAUAUGAACAUACUACUAAUGACGCUGUUUAGAUAACCAUUGCAAAUUGUAAAUGGAAUGCUUUGAAAAGAUGCAAACAUGGAAAGUGCUAUUUUUCUGAUGAUGCGCAGUUUUGAAGGAAGUCAAAUUCUUUAGUGAAGAAAUAAAUUUACAUUAUGCGCCACAUUUACACAGUGAAUAUUUGAUCUGAGGUUGCUGUUUAAUCAAAGCAUA